AUGGAAUAUCUCAACGCGCUUCAGUCACCCGUUGACGAUCUCAAACCAUCACUCUUCGAACUUCUCUCAGAGCAGCAACUUGCCGCGCUUCUUCCGCCUACACUACGAUACCUCCUCGCCGUCGCGACGCACAGAUACCCCCGGUACCUAUUGCGCAUUCUGAACAACUACGAUGAAGUUUAUGGACUGUUGAGUCUUGUGGUGGAGCGAUAUUAUCUCAAGACAUUCGGUGGCAGUUUCACCGAGAACUUCUACGGAUUGAAAAGAGAAAAGGUCCUGAGCGUCAAUGGUGGUGAGAUUAAGAGGACACAAUUGGCGGUUCCAGACGAGGUUCGACAGAGACUGAAGUUGAGCGGCACCGACAUAUGGAAGAAUCUCGUCGUUCUCGUCGGCAUCCCAUAUUUGAAGAGAAAGCUCGACGAGAGCUAUGAUAUACACAUCGCGCCGACUGCCAGUCUGCUCAUGGCAGGAGGCCCAAGGUACCUCAACAGGGACGAGCUCCCACCACAUCCCACCAUCCGACAGCGGUUGAUGUGGUAUUACAAGUGGUUCCUCCGGAAUGUGUACCCCAGCAUAAAUGCGGCAUACCACUUCAGCAUACUGGCAUUCAGCUUGGGCUACCUCUUUGACAGCACAAAAUAUUCAAGCCCGUUCUUGUGGAUGAUAAGGACACGGAUGCGCAGGAUGGGAGCCGCCGACUACCGCGCCAUUGACGCCGCGAGCGAAGCCGCAUCGAGGGCUACCAAGGUCGGGGGAGUGCCAGGGCAGGGCCUCAGCGGGUUGCUUAGCCCACGCACCCUUUAUCCUCGCAUAUUAUCGAGUCUGAGAAUUCUCCUUCCAACAAGCAUAUUCGCUUUGAAGUUCCUGGAAUGGUGGCAUGCCAGCGAUUUCUCAAGACAGUUGAGCCGGAAAGCCGCAGAGGGGCUAGAGCUGCCUCCACCGAUUGUGUCUGGGAUGAACCUGGCACAAAGAGUCGCCACUGUACAGACCGCCAGCACGGCAAAUACGGCUGUAAAGCGUAGUCCACCAGUGUCGAGCAUCACAUAUCUGCCGAUCCUCACGGUACCUCCGCCGCCAUCGAGUGACCUGUGCCCGAUCUGCCUCCAUCCCAUCUCGACCGCUGCUGCAUGCCAGACUGGCUAUGUUUUUGACUACAAGUGCAUAUUCCAAUGGAUUGAGGGGACGCACGAGAGACAAGAAGCCUUCAUGAAGGGAGAAAAGAUGAGCGAAUGGGAAGACGAGGGCGAAGACGAGGCGCCUAACGAGAACGAUGGAGAGGCUUCGGAGAACGCACACAGAAGCAGAGAAGGUAGCUGGGAAAGUGGAAAAGGUCGAUGCGCAGUCACUGGCCGGCGGGUAUUGGGUGGCACGAGUGGCCUGCGUAGAAUCAUGGUGUGA